GACUGCCCCUUGGUCAACAUCCAACAUGCUGUGGUUUCAUACCUUGACGACAGUGCUUCUACAUCUAUCAGUAGUAUUGGCUGCAAACACAACGGACUGGAAGAGUCGCAGUAUAUACUUUGCGCUAACAGACCGCAUCGCCAGGAAUGAAAGCGACAGCGGUGGAAAUUCUUGCAGCGAUCUCGGCCAGUACUGCGGAGGCACGUUCAAGGGACUGCAGUCGAAACUAGAUUACAUUCGAGGGAUGGGCUUCGAUGCUAUCUGGAUUUCUCCGGUUGUUGAGAAUCACAAGGGUGGAUACCAUGGAUACUGGGCCAAGGACCUUUAUGCCAUCAACUCCAAGUAUGGCACUGCUGAUGACUUGAAAAGUCUAAUCAAGGCUGCGCAUGACAAGGGAUUUCUGCUCAUGGUCGACGUCGUCGCCAACCACAUGGGCAACGGUCCCAUUUCCGAGAACAAGCCGGCACCGCUGAACCAGGAGAGCUCCUAUCACCCAGAAUGCAAAAUCGACUAUUCGAACCAGCAGAGCGUCGAGCGGUGCAGGCUGGGCAACCUGCCUGACCUUAACACCGAAGACCCAAAAAUCCGCACCCUGCUGACAGACUGGAUCAAGUGGAUCGUUUCAGAGUUCAAGGUCGACGGCCUGCGGAUAGACACAGUUAAGCACGUCGAAAAAGGCUUCUGGCCCGGAUUCGCCUGGGCGUCUGGCGUCUACACCCUGGGUGAGGUGUACAGCGAAGACGUCGACUACCUCGCGGGCUACGACAAGACCAUGGGGGGCUUCUUCAACUUCCCCGUGUACAAGUCGCUGGGCCGGUACCUGCAGCAGGGCCAAUCGCCGCAGGGGUUGGUUGACAACCAUGAUAAGAUCACGCGCAAGUUUUCGGACCCGACGACGCUGGCCAACUUCCUCGACAGCCAUGACGACCCGCGGUGGCUGAGCAAAAACCGCGACGCAGCGCUGCUCAAGAACGCGCUGGCCUACGUUCUGCUGGCCCGCGGCAUCCCUGUCGUUUACUACGGCACCGAGCAGGGCUUUUCGGGUGGCGCAGACCCCUGGAACCGCGAGGACCUCUGGCGCGCCCGCUACCGCACCGACGGGGACCUCUACCGCGCCAUCUCGCGGCUGUCGGGCGUGCGAGCCGGCGCCGGUGGGCUCCCCGCUGACGACCAAAUUCACCUGCUCGUCAAUAAGAAUUCGUACGCGUUCAGUCGUGAUGGCGGGGGCGUGGUGGUCUUGACCACAAAUCGGGGCUCUGGUUUCAACGGCCAGGAGUGCUUCGACACGCGUGGGGUGACUGCCACUUGGGAGGACAAAUUCGGUAGCGGUACAUACACAUCUGAUGAGUCGGGUAAGGUAUGCGUUCAGGUAAAGAACGGUGAGCCAGUGGUCUUAGUCAGGAAGAAAUGA